GGCAUUUUCCCAUCAAUAGCUUCUUGACCCAAAUUUAUAUAAGUUAUCCCAAAGCCAUGACUUAACUUAUUAAAUACAUGUCUGUAAAUACACAUGAGCAUGUAAUCUUGAGUGCACAUUUGUCAUACUCGAACACGUAACAAACUAAUCAGGGAAUUUCAACUGUCAGCGUUAAAUAUACUAUAUUUGGGGGAAACCACAAGAUGCUUCAUAUAACCAUUCCCAAUAAAUAUUGUAUUGUUCAAUGGUGUGAUAAAGACAUGAGGGAACCAUCCAGAAGAGAUGGAUUAUAACUAUACAAAUGGAACGGAUGCUCUGUUCACUAACUUAUCGAUGUUUUCCAACGGAACAAGAAAUAAUUCUGAUAGUGGGCGAUCAUAUACAAUAUCGAAUCCACACUUUAUAUCAUCUGGUCCGGUGUUUGAUGACGUAAAUUGCAAAUAUUUGACGUCAGUGUUGUUGCCAUCCCUGGUUUACGUCAGUAUUCUGCUUCUUGUAGGCAUUCCGGGGAAUCUUAUGGUUAUUUACGUGUACUCAUGCAGAUGGAGUGCGAGCACGUCUCGAGUGUUUAUCUUGGCCUUAGGAUCGUAUGAUUUCAUCAACUGUUUAUCGUCUCUGACCACAGAAAUUGUCCUCCUAUCCCGCUUUCUGAAUUUUGACUUUCCAAUCUGGUGUAAGGUAUCCAGAUUUGUGACAGCUUCCAUCAACAGCGGUUCCACCUUCAUUCUGGUUGCCAUCGCGACAGAUCGUUUCCUUAGAAUCUGUAGGAUACACAAAGACCCAAUAUCUGUGGAACUGUCACGAAGUCUCGUUAUCAUUUCUGUGUUCUUUGCGGCCAUGACGUCAUGGCCUACAUUAUUACUGUACGGGACAUACACUGUAAUUAUCCCACUGAAACCGCCGAUUUAUCUAAAAGGGAAAACAUGUCUGAUCACAGACAGUAUGGUGGACACAAAAUACCCGUUAGAAUUUGUUAUUUUUCUGUUUUCCUCUCACUUCAUGGUGUACUUGGUGCUGAUCGUUUUAUACUCUUUUGUGGGCCGAGCUAUCUGCCACCAACAAACUUAUAGAAAGUCUCUAAGACCGACAUCCAAGGCAAAGAAUGUCCCCAAAACAGAAGUUGACAAUAAGACAGAAGGUUCGCAGACAAGUACGGAAGAGGACCCUCGACGGACUCCGAUGAGGCCCAGAACUGCAUCGUCAAACAGGUUCUCUUUUGUGUUUUGGAAAAACUUAUCUUUAAAAUCUAAGACAGCAACUGUAAAGAAGAAAUCCACCGGAUCUGACAAGAAAUUAAUGAAGGAACUGAAGCAAUCUUUGAAAACGCGUUCGUCAUCAGACUCAAAAGUCCCCAAAUCCCGGAGGAAUAUUCACGCUGGCAAGACCACGUUAAUGCUAUUUCUGGUCACCCUCCUCUUUAAUCUAUCAUUUUUACCUUACUUGAUCAUCGUUAUUCUCCGUUACACUGACCCAUAUUUCUACACGCGCCUGACUUCCGGUGGUAAAGCGGUGUAUAAUGUAGUCCUUCGGUCGUAUUUUCUAAACUCAGUAGUGAAUCCCAUUGUUUAUUGCUUCAUGAGCAAGCAUUUCAGAAAACUCAGCAAAGAAGCGCUCCAGUCAUUAAUCUGUUGUGCACGUGAUUAAUGAUAAACACAUCUCAGCAAACAUGCUCACCAAUCGUUUUGAUAUGGUGUGUACAUUGUGAUUGAUUAAUUAAAAGCUGGAAUUUACAAUUA